GCCAGCCGCCAUAACAACAAAAGAAGAAGAAGCAAAUGAGAAAAUAAACAAAAAACAGAGGAAGUCAUGCCACAUUCUACAAAAAAGGUUCGCCAGUCUGACACUAUUAUGAAGUCAGAUUACUACCAAAGACUGAACAGUGUUGCCAGGCGACGCUAUGAUGAUAAAAUCUCCGCUGUGGGUGAAGAUCCGUAUCUAAUCCCCCCAACACAACAAAAACCCGCCAGAGAGUGUAGCAUCGAGGAGCUGCCAGGCCUGUGUUACCCUGAUAUAUUCAUGUUUCUCAUCGAAGUACCAGGGUACAGCGCAGGCGCACUGAAGGCAUACAAGAGCCUGGACGCUUACCGGUUCUUCCUCCGUGGCUGGGUCAGAUCUCUGAUGCUGUGCAUCAGGAAAGACAAGUUCAUCAUAACCAGCAAGGUGAUCCAGUUUGAAGGCCUCACUGAGAAUCCUCAUCCUGUGUGGACCAUCAUCGAACCCAGUGGCCUCGUCGUUUCUGGUCAUUGCACAUGUAUGGCGAGUUCAGAUGUGGUCUGUUCACAUGUUGCCGCCACGCUGUUUGCACUUGAUGCAUGUGUGCGCAUACAGCAGGAGAAGUCGUCCCCUGCCCUCCCAAACUCUCCACGUAGCCGGCGGAGUGUCGAACCUGCGCGUGACGUCAACUUUUCAUACCCAAAUAAGAGGAAAAAGACCAUCAAUGAGAAUUCAAGACAGACUACACCUGCAGUUCCACCUGCCACAGCGGAGGAAAUAAAGCAGUUUUAUGACAGCCUUGCCAGCUCAGGUGCUAAGAGUGUAGUUCUGUCUGUGCUGCCAGGCUACAGCGAGGAGUUCAACAGUUCCACCUGACCUGACUUUUUAUUUUUUAUAUGGAUGUAUAAAUGUAUAUAAGAAAACCAAACCACAAUAAAUUUAUGAAAUGUAACAUGAGGAUCCUUUUCUAUAUACAUUACCAUUAUGUAGAUUCAGUUCAGUUUAAAAAAAAUACUUUGUCCCAAAAAGACAUUCAAUGUUGUAGCUCAUCCAACUGUCUUCAACCAGUCAUAAUGGAUGGUGGUGCUGAGGGCAGGAAGGAUUUCCUGCACCAGUCAGUCUCACAACAAAUCGUAAGAGACCUCUGACUGAAGACAGAUGAACAAUGUUGCUUGACUGCAGUAGUCUGAGGUUUGAUUAUCAACCUGGAGAGUUUUGGUGCAUGUCACAACGAUUUUCAUUUUAACAAGCACAUCUUAGUAUUUGGUAGCCGUUUAACAGCUAGCGGCUGACACUAGAUGUUUGUUGAUAUUUUAAUGAUUAAGUUUUCUCUAGAUUUUAUUUUAAUUGCUUUACAGUGUGUGUUCUCCAUCCUGGUCCUGAGGGACUACUCCCUGCAUGUUGUAGGUGUUUCCCUUCUAAUGGGCUCCUGCAGCACAGAGCAGGUCAUACAGUCAUUUGAAUCAUUCUGGAGCAGAAACAUCUAAAACAUGCAGGGCAGAGGAGGAAAUGUUUUAAUCCUCUUGUUUUAUUCACACUGCCUUCAUCAGUUACUUUAGGUGAACAAACAAUGAAUGGGAAUGAGCAUCGCAGUUCAUGUAGUAAAAGCAUGGCUUCAAAAAAAGUCAACAUCAUAGGAAAAAAACAUAAACAGCAUAUAUAUUGCAAUACUUGCAGCCUUAAUUUUUAAUACGUUUUUAAUAAUUCAUUAAAAUAUUUGAUUUAUUUCAAACACACAUACAAGCACCCAUUACAGACCAAACUUGAUUAAAAAAAACUUUGCAAAUAAACAGUUUUCAUUUUUAAGUAAAGAAAAUUAACAUUUUAUUACAAUAACACUUCCUUAGUGAAUGCUUGGUCAUUUGUACAGAAUUCAUCUGUAGCUAAAAACAAUACGGUGUAGAGCGGAUCUGGUGAGUAGUUUUGGAUCAAACACUUAAUAAUUGGAUAGAAAGAAGUUGCUUAAUAUGAGCUUUUUAACCAGGGAGAGCUAAAACUAUCCCACUUCUGGAUAGAACAGAUUUACUUUUUUUUAUUAUUAUCUGAAAUGUAAAUGGGUUUCUUUUCUUUUUUUUUUCUUUUUUUUUGCCGUUUUGCCCUUUUUACUGCUUUGACUGUUCUUUCAGCAAAUGGCAUAUUUGAGAGGUACUUUUACUCCAGUUAAUGAUUAAUUGACAACUAAAUUUGUUGACAACUGUUUUAGUAAUAGAUGGAACUGAUAAAUCAUUUCAGCCCUAGUCCAGGAUGCUCCAUUAUUAAUGAAUAUGUGAUUGAACUGCAUUCACUGAUAGAUGGUCCAUUGUCUUCAUACAGUGAAGCAACUCCCUCCAGGUCAGUUUGAUAUUAUAUUCAAGGUUCUUUCACCCUCUUAAUCCUUACUGGAACCAACGAUACAUUAAAACGUGAAUAAAAUUAAU